GAGCGCGUGAAGGGCCAUCCACCGCAACCACCGAUGCUUUUGGAGGUCCAUUCAACUCAACGACUCGAAUGAGUUGAUGUCAGAGUGCGUGCAUUAUCUUUCGCUGCAACAAGCAUGUUCACUGCCCUCAAAUCAACAGGACCAUCACGCAGAAGAAGGAUUCUGCGUCGAUGUGAGGCACUGACCAAGUGACGCCAGACAGGAAAUUGGUGCGCGCUGCGUUUCGUACAUUCCUGCGCCGAGAUGGAUGCGUCGGUGUAUCGCCCGCGACUGAGGCAAAGCAGCUGGCAGCGGGCAGCAAUGUCGAACAGCUCUAGACGAAGAAGAAGCGGUCCCAACUGCUGUGCGCGAUCCCGUGGCGCUUUGGCUGCAUUGCUUCUCAUCAUCGCGGCCGGCUCGACGUCUGGCACUUCAGCGGGUCUGGUAGACGGCACCGCAUCGCCUUACACCCUCACGGAUCUGAGGGCUGCAGAGUCGACCAUCGACAUCACGUCGGCUAACGGCGCAUUCUUUUCUCUGCCAGCUCCGACGGUUGGUGCGAAUACAAGCGCAUAUGUCACGUUGUCUGCCUGCUCGGGCCCCGAGAUCUACCCACCCGCCAACUCGAGGCAUAGGUCCGCCUUCGACCGGACGUACCUGCGGCUCGUCGUUUCAACAAACAGCUCCAACGCGCAGCCGCAACCCGGGUCUGAAGAUGCUUCUGUCUCGCUCGCCCGGGGAGGCUUCGCAGCGAAGGUAUUAGACCCGGGGGAUGCACUCGAUGGCCUGUGGAUUGGCGUCUUUCCCCCCAAAGACCCGCACGGUUUGACGGGGAACCUGACCUUCGAAGUAACUGCAUCAUACAAUGCUCCGCCGCUCGGGUACACGUACGCCGGCUCCUAUGACACUGGCUCGAAGGACAACGUGUAUGUGCUCGGCUUGGACGACACUGAUUAUGCAGGUGCCAUUCUAUCUGCUGCUCCCCAGGAGGUGCUCAGUGGGGCACCUCCCAAAGCCGGCAUCAUCUUCAGCGAGACGCAGCGGGCUCCUUCGUCAUACUUCAACAGCUCGGCGUGCGCGAUUCGCAACGCAUUCUACGCCUUUCUGGACUCCGUACCUGAUGCACGGCGCACCGAUAUUGUUCAACUCAAUUUGACGAGCAGAGGGCUGCCAGCGAAUGCAGGUGCUCAACGCACGCAAUUCAAGAUCACCGGCUUGCAAGCCGGGACCAAUUACACGGCUUGGCUCACCUCUGACCCUACCUUUCCACCCUCCUCACCAAACUUCUUCUAUGGACCAGCGGUCAAGUUCAUGACAAAGAGGAACACCAAUUGCCGCCUUGUCUCGGACGUGUCGUUUUGCCCAGAUGUAGCGUAUGCAACCGCUAUCGGGCCUAGUAUGACGACGGCUGCGGCGCUGUCGAGCAUCAACGAGACUGUCUCUCCGACGCUGGCAAAUUUCACCAAGACUCUACACACGUUCAACUGCGACAACACCGAUUUCGGCAUGUACUCGUACAUUGCCACGUGCGACGACUGCCAGGCGGCGUACCAGCGGUGGCUGUGCGCCGUCGCAAUCCCACGCUGUGUCGAUACUCCCACGGACGCAGCGACGCAGAGCGCGGCGAGCCAGAACGGCAGCGAUCUGACAGGCGCAUCGACUGGGGUCAACGCGCAGCUGCUGCCGUACGUCGCCACGCGUGAGGCAUCGAGCCCGACGCGCCUCAACACGUCCGUCGGCACAUUCCACGGGGCAUGGGGCGAGCUGCUACCGUGCAUGGGCGUAUGCAACAUGGUUGAGAUCAUGUGUCCGCCGCUGAUGCACUGGCUCUGUCCGCUAUGGGACAUCACCGCGCAGCGCGACUAUGGCACUUGGGCAGAUGCCAACGCCGCCGGUUUCGGACAGGGUGACAACGGAGGCGCCGGGGCCAACGGCGAGCGGUGGGGAGGCGUGCAGCGAUACAUUGCGACAGAUUCCUUUGGGAAUCAGUACUGCAACCCGCUCGGCGUCGACUUGGUGCUGAGGCAGAACAACCGCGCCGCACGAACUAGUGGGGUGCAUUCAUCUCUUGCCAUGGUUGCAGGCAUGCCGGCUCUGGCAGCUGCGCUCUGCAUUGCCAUUCUGUAGCAUAUGACAUACAUAGAGGUCUUACAUCGAUUCCGAUUUUCAU